AUGAGUUUGGGAGGAGGUCAUGGCGCAGAGGGAACAAAUGCAGGAGGAAUAUUCGUUCAGUUUAAUCAAGAUUGCACGUCCUUGGUAGCAGGUAGCAGCAGUGGCUAUCAUUUAUUCGCUCUAACUCCUGAUGAUGGAAUUGAAGAAAUCUAUGCCAGCCGCUCGGGGCAAGAUACUUGCCUUGUGGAUCGCCUGUUUAGCAGCUCCUUGGUUGCUAUUGUCACAGUAUCAGCACCCAGAAAGUUAAUAGUGUGCCAUUACAAAAAAGGCACCGAGAUAUGUAAUUACAGUUACAGCAACACCAUCCUCGCGGUGAAGCUCAAUCGAUCAAGGCUGAUAGUAUGCUUGGAGGAGUCGCUGCACAUUCACAACAUCCGCGACAUGAAGAUCCUGCACACGAUCCGCGACACGCCGCCCAACCCGCGCGGCCUGUGCGCGCUGUCGCCCUGCGUGGACCACUGCUACGUGGCCUACCCCGGCUCCAGCGCCGUGGGCGAGGUGCAGAUCUUCGACGCGGUGCACCUUAACGCGAAGUGCGUGAUCAGCGCGCACGACAGCCCGCUGGCGGCGCUGGCGUGGUCCAUGUGCGGGCGGCGGCUGGCCACGGCGUCCGAGCGCGGCACCGUCAUCCGCGUGUUCGCCGUGCCCGAGCGCACGCGCCUGUACGAGUUCCGGCGCGGCGUCAAGCGCUGCGUGAGCAUCGCGUGCCUGGCCUUCAGCGCGUGCGGCGCCUACCUGGCGGCCACCUCCAACACGGAGACAGUGCACGUGUUCCGGCUGGCGGAGAACGGCGCGGGCGCGGAGGGCGGCACGGCGGGCGCGGCGGCGGCGGGCGAGGCGACGGCGGCGGGCGAGGCGGGCUGGAUCGACUGGCUGUCGCAGGCGGUGUCGGCGGGCGCGGGCUACCUGCCGGCGCAGGUGGCCGACGUGCUCACGCAGGGCCGCGCCUUCGCCGCCGCGCGCCUGCCGCGCCCCGCGCGCCGCGUCGUCGCCGCCGUCACCAACGUGUCGCGCGCGGCGCGGCUGGUGGCGGCCACGUCGGACGGCGUCGUGCACGUGUACGCGCUGGACGCGGCCGACGGCGGCGAGUGCGCGCUGCUGCGCACGCACCGCCUGCUGGACGCGCCCGCGCCGCCCGCCGACGGUACGCACGCACACACACACACACCACACGCG